AUGGAGUACUGCAGUCAUGACAGCUGGUUGGUUGGUCCGCACCACUUGAUAUACAGAGAAGAGCUGAAAAAAGAUGGUGAGAAGAAAGUUGAUUGCUCGUGGGAUAGCUGCCGCAAACCAAUAUGGGGUUCCCUCCACAAUUGCAUGGAAUGUGGUAACCGCCCCGUUCACAGAUACAAUUCAACCAAUCAUUGUUUGGACUUCACAGAAAAGCUGGAAUUAAAUUAUGGCAACAACCAAGUUGUUUGCUACAUGUGCGACGAACCAGUCCUAUUGGGUGCUCCCGCCUACAAAUGCUUCGUCUCCAAAUGCAGCGGCUUCGUCAUACACAAAUCAUGUGCCGAGCCAUCUCAUGAGAUAAAUCACCCUCAGCACCCAGACCAUACCCUUUCUCUCCGGUGGUGGCGUAAUGAACGUUGUGAUGCUUGUUGUACAUCUCACGAUUGCUCUUUCUUUUACUCUUGUUAUUCGUGUGAUUUCAAUCUCGACAUCAAAUGUGCUAAUCGCUUGCCAACUAAUCCUAAUGACUGUCACCAACACGAAUUCGUCCCCAUUUUGAAGCGGGUCCAGUUCAAUUGCGAAGCUUGUGGAGAGGAAAUUGAGAACAUCGCCAACCUGUGUAGUAUCUGCAAACUCUUGGUUCACAAAAGAUGUGCUGAAAUUCCACGCACAGUCAAAAUUAAGCUACACAAUCACUUCCUCAACCUCAUCUAUUCUUCUCCUCAUGAAAUCAAUAAGCGCGACGACAUGUCCUGUAGAAUCUGUUGCAACAUGGUGAAUACAGAGUAUGCAGCUUACUCUUGUCAGGAAUGUAGUUACCAUGUCCACACGGAAUGCCUAAGACGUUUAAAGCAUGACCACCGGGAGUCACUUGCAACUAGUGAGUCGGUGCCCAACAAUUCCAUUGGACAUUCAACUCAUUUGAUCAAGGUGCUCAAUCAAGCAGAGGACAAAGAAUCUCACUCUAGGGAGAUCCAACAUUUCAGUCAUGAUCACCAACUUAAGUUAAUCCUCUGUGGUGACGAGGUCAAGGAUGGUAAGCUUUGUGAGGGGUGUACGGAAUUCAUAAUUUCGGCUUCGUACUAUGGCUGUGUUCAAUGUCAAUUCUUUCUCCAUACUCGAUGUGCUGAACUUCCCACAACAAUUGAGCAACAUCGACUUGUCAACUUUCAGACGCUUACCCUCCUCCCACGGGCAACUACCAAGAGUGGCGUGUUCUUUUGUAAUAUUUGUUCUCUUCAUCAUCGUGGCUUCAUCUACAAUUGUCCUAAAUUUAUAUUUCCUUGGAAGUUCUUGGACGUUCAAUGCGGUUCAAUGCCGGAAACGCUUGAACACGAAGGUCAUGAACAUCCCUUUUUCCUUGCUCUAGAGUCUCGGAAUAGAAAAUGCAAAGCUUGUCCCAAGGACAACGAGAAGUAUGUAUUCGUAUGCACCAGUUGCGAUUUCAUCUUGGGAAUCAAAUGUGCAAAUCUUCCACUGAUAGCGAAGCAUAAAUAUGAUACACAUCUCCUCAAGCUCACCUACGCUGCUAAAAAUGAUUAUGAAGAAUAUUAUUGUUUAAUUUGUGAAGAAAAAAGAGACCCUAUGCACUGGUUCUAUUACUGUGAAAAAUGCAACUUCUCCGCUCACCCCGAAUGUGCUCUUGAGAACUAUCCAUCCAUGACAAUUGGAAGUACUUAUACAAGUGAAUAUCACCCUCACCCUCUCACAUUUGUCCAGAAGAAGACUGAAGACUCCUCCGAAUGUCCUGCCUGUGAAUAUGAUUUAGGUGACGUGGUUCUAGAAUGUAGUCGAUGCAAAUUCAAUAUCCACCCUCCUAGACCUUACUUCCAGGAUUGUUUGUGGGCACUAAGUGAAAUUUGGAAGGUAUAG